UCCAAUAAUCAUCAUCUGAAAAAAGAUCACACAUUUCAACAUCAAAUCAAAAGUCGUUACCUUAUUUAAUCCCAAGUACCUCACGCGCCACCUCCCAUCACGCUCCCACGCGCCACCGCUAUAUGGAGCAUCAACCAAAAGGUGUAGUAGUAGAAGAGAAUAAUACUAACAAUGUUACGAAAACACUAACGGAGCAGAAAACGAGUAAUUCGGGUCAGGAUUCGGAUCCGGUUCAACCCGAUCCGAGAUCCGAUGUAGAGCAAAUCGGAUCGGCGAAUAAAUCGAGGAAAUCGGUGACGUGGAGCGAGGAAUUGGUAGCGGAAUCGCCGGUGCCGGAGAUGAGAUCUAUGCCGUCCAAUGAACGUGGCUCGAAUCCCUAUGUAGCUUAUUCGCCUGCACCGGAUAAUAAUGAUUCGUCUUCAUUUAAUAUGAAAGACACAAUGGAGAGCGUCAAAGAUGUGCUUGGUAGAUGGGGGAAGAAGGUUGGCGAAGCAACUAAGAAAGCUGAGGAUCUUGCUGGCAACACAUGGCAACACUUGAAAACGGGCCCUAGUCUUGCUGAUGCCGCCUUGGGAAGAAUUGCUCAGGGAACGAAGGUUCUGGCAGAAGGUGGCUACGAAAAGAUAUUUCGGCAAACAUUUGAGACUGUUCCUGAGGAGCAACUUCAGAAUUCAUUUGCAUGUUACCUAUCCACAUCAGCUGGUCCAGUUAUGGGAGUAUUAUAUGUCUCCACAGCUAAGCUUGCCUUUUGUAGUGAUAACCCUCUCUCCUAUAAAGCCGAAGACAAGACAGAGUGGAGCCAUUAUAAGGUAGUUAUCCCAUUACAUCAGCUUAAGGCGAUUAAUUCUUCAUCAAGCAGGACUAAUCCAUCUGAAAAAUAUGUCCAGACUAUAUCAGUCGACAACCACGAAUUUUGGUUUAUGGGAUUUCUAAAUUACACUGGUGCAGUGAAUUCCCUGCAGGAGGCAUUACAAGCAAGCAACUUACAUAAUGUGUGAGUCUGCUGUUGGUCUGAGGUAGUGUUAUCUGAGGGGGCGUGAUUCAUCAUACGGAAAGGUGGACUUCCCUAAUAGUUCCAUCUAGUUGCCGUUGAAGAUUCUGAAGAUAAAUAUUAGAACGAAACAGAAGUACGUGUCUGCCUAAAUGAAAUUUUCUGAUGUCCUCGGAAGUGAACUCCGAUUUCAUGGUAUUCACUUGCUGGUUAUCUCUUUUGGUAGAUACAUAGUUGAAUGAACUACUUCCUUCUCUAGUCUGUUGUAUUGUAUACAUUGAUGAACAUAAUUAGCAGUUUAAUGAGCCUAACAAUGUUGGUAUUUAUACUAGCUGCUACACCUUUUGUUGUGCUA